CGAAGCAAGGAAAAUCCAUAAAAUUUCCCCAUUUUUACUACAAUUUCCAGUUUACCCUUCUCAGGCCUUUACCAAAGAGUCGUACUAUAAAAACAAAAUUGCUCACACUAUUCUAAAUAUCAAAUUUCUUUACUUUUUUUAAUUAAAAUUCAAUUAUGGUGAAACCGAGUGAAAAUGGGUCUCAGUCAAUAGCACCCUUUCUAAAAAAAUGUUAUGAAAUGGUGGAUGAUGAGUCUACUGAUGCGAUAAUUUCAUGGAGUCAAAAUAACGAUAGUUUUAUAAUUUGGGAUAUGACUGAAUUUUCAGUUCAUUUGCUCCCUAAGUUCUUCAAGCACAGCAAUUUUUCCUCUUUCAUCAGGCAACUCAAUAUUUAUGGUUUUAGAAAAAUUGAUACAGACCGUUGGGAAUUUGCAAAUGAUGGAUUCGUCAGAGGUCAAAAGGACUUGCUUAAGAAUAUUGCUAGACGGAAACACUCCCCAGGAUCUGAGCAGCGUAAACCAUUGCAGCAGCAGCCACUACAGCAGCUGGAGAACACUGUUGGAUCAUGCGAAAACAAUGAAAACACUGCACUGUGGAAGGAAGUUGAGAAUUUGAAGACUGAUAAAAAUGCUCUGAUGCAGGAAUUGGUUAAACUUACGCAGUUCCAGGAAACUGCAGACAAUAAGGUUCUUCUCUUGAAGGAACGUCUUCAAGGAAUGGAGAAAAGUCAGCAGCAGUUGUUAUCCUUCUUAAUAAUGGCUAUGCAGAGCCCCGGCUUUUUGGUCCAACUGAUUCAACCAAAAGAAAAUAAUUGGCGCAUGGCUGAACCAAGCAAUAUGCUAGAACAAGUUACAGAAGAUGGUGAACCAAUUGCUUCUGAUAAUAUGAUAGUAAGGUAUCAGCCUCCGAUGGAUGGAACAUCAAAGCCAGUACUUGCACCAGUGGUAGAUUGCGAAAAUCCUCAUGAAUCUGAUAACUCUUCAGAUGGAACAAAAGAUUUUUGGAUGAAUAUUGAUUUCGUGAAAGUGCUUAUGGAUGAAAGUCAUACACCUUUCAUUCCCCCAGAUAUACACGAUGAUGGUGCGUGGGAAAAACUUCUUUUAGGCAACACAUUUCUAGAGAAUAAUGACAGUGGAAAUCAAGAUAAAGAAAGCCCCUUGAACUCUGGUAUGGAAAUGGAGGUAACAGAUUCCGAAACCCAUUCAGAAAAGUCGUGUAGUUUUGAACAGUUACUACAAAAUAUGGGGAAAUCCCAGAACCUAGAGAUUGAACCACUUGUAAAUGGAUCACCAUUAGAGAAAUCUCCAGACUUGGAACUUCUAACAGACCAAAUGGGCCAUUUGACUUCCGAGAGUACUAAACCGCACCGAACUCCUUAGAAAGGUACUCUUGGAAACCUUUUAGCAGAAUGCCUAUCCUAUAUCCAAUUUAUAUACAUUUAUAUUCUUCUUUUCAUUACACUAUAUCUAAAUACAUGCAGCACGAUCUUCACAAAAGGACUGCCUAGCAAUAUAUAGAACAACCAGUGAGUAAUGGAGGAUGAUAUAUGGUAGUUUACCUUUGUUUAUGCCAAGUAGUUGUAGCUAUCAAAAUGAAGUUAUCAUUUUAAACUUGUUGGUCCAUUUCUAAGUUAUUUAUAAACAUAGGUUAGAUAUAGUCCUUAAACAAUCUCUACUAUUCAUCAUAAUACCAAUUAUGUAUUUGCCUGAGAA